AUUAUGUAACUUAAAAAAAAAAAACUUAAUCUUGACAAAAAGAAAUUCAAAAUCAACAAUGUGAACAUUGUGAAGAAGUUGUUUGUAAAACCCUACCAAGUCAAAUCCAUCUCCAUUUGGGUACAAGUAAAACCCUACCGUGAGAGAAAAGGUUCCAACCUUGUUCUUCUUCUUAACUCACUUCAACAACAAAUUCAAACUCCGCUGUCAAAAACGCACACUCUCAACCAUGCCUUCUUCCAAUUCAAAGCACAGUAACAGCAAUAGCAGCAGCAACAAGAAGCAAUCAAAAUCAAACUCAAAAUCAAGGUCACAAUCGUCAUUUCCCGAUGCCGCCACUCCACCCCGAACCACCACCGCCGCCGAACCACAACAACUCACUUCUCUCAUCCAACAAGCUUCUCAAAUCUUCCCAUCCUUCAUUUCACAAUCCGCUUUCAUCGCCGAAAUCACCGACAUCGAUACCACCAAUUCAGCUUCCAAAGGCGCUAAAAUUUGGCUUUCUGAGCCUUUUAUGGUUGCAUCUUCUCUUGCUCCCGGUUCACUUGUUUCUGUGUCUAUUCCAUCUUCAAGUAAAGGGGUUGCGCAAUUGCAUGGAUUUCCUCUCAUGUCAUUGACUAAUGAAUGUGUUAAAUGCUAUGGGUUGAAAACUUGUGCCACAUUGGAUGAUAAUGCUGCUGGAAAUUACUUUGUUCUUGCAACGGUUUUUCCUUCUACAAAGGUAUUGAAGAAUGGAGUACGCCUGUCUUUAAAUCUUUCCUUUGCGAUGGGAUGUCCUAUUUCGGGCACAUGUGUGUUUGUUCACCCAUUACAGAAACAAUCCUUGGUAUAUAAUUGCAAAGAGUUAUAUCUUCAAUUGGCUCCUUGUAAGAUUGGGGCACCAUUGAAAGUUAAUCUCCCCUCAUCGGACUUGUCUAAGUCAAGAUCCCGUGCCCAAUCUGAGAAUGAUAUUGUUGCAUCUCCUACAACACCUUCUUAUGGAUCAAAGUUUUCGAAUGACAGUGUGUAUUCUUCCCCCAUAUUUGAAGAUUCAACAUCAAGUGUAACCAAUUCCAAUGGUCAAUCGGUGGCUUCAUUUGAUGUUAGCAAGGCAUUAGGAAAUGAAAGUUCCAAAAAGUUAUUAGAAACAUGUGCAACUUCAUGGUUAUACUCUCGUUGUAUGUUGCUAGGGAAUCUUGUCAAUGUCCCAAUGUUUUCUGAGUUUUGCAUUUUCCAAGUGACGGGAAUUAAAAAGGGGUCAACUAACAUACCUGACUAUUGUCUAUUGAAUGGGAACAGUGAUUUAAAUCUUGAGGAUUCUGAUAUGCUAGAGAAUGUGAAUCUGGCUUUCACUGUCAAUUGGGAAACAAAGGUAUUUUUAUCUUUGCCUUCAUAUGCAACAUUUGAAGAGUCAAUUCGAAUGGAUUUAUCAUGUCUGAAACUUGAUGACAAGGAUGUUAAACCCAGCAGUGAUAAUAUUUCUAAAUUAGGUGGUCUAUCUAAAGAAGAAAUGUUUUUAAAGGAAAUAAUUUAUUCUUCAAAGAACGAUUUUUUACCAAGUUUUGAUACGCAGAAUACCAGAGGUGUCUUUCUUCAUGGUCCACCUGGUACGGGAAAGACUUCGCUGGUUCAAUUAUGUGCUCAUGAUGCUGGGGUCAAUUUUUUCUCAAUAAAUGGACCUGAAAUUGUUACCCAGUACUAUGGGGAAAGUGAGAAAGCAUUGAAGGAUGUUUUUGAUUCAGCCACUCAAGCUUCACCUGCCGUGAUAUUUAUUGAUGAAAUAGAUGCAAUUGCCCCUCCAAGGAAAGAUGGGGUUGAAGAGCUAUCUAAAAGAUUGGUUGGAACCUUAUUGAAGCUGAUGGAUGGAAUUAGUAUAAAUGGAGGAUUAGUUGUAAUUGCUGCUACUAAUAGGCCUGACCAUGUUGAUCCAGCUCUCAGACGACGUGGAAAAUUUGACCAGGAUAUUGAAAUUGGUGUGCCAUCAAAAGCCCAACGAGAAGAUAUUUUGCGCACUAUUCUCUGUGAAAUAGAUCACUCUCUUUCUGAGACGCAAAUUGAAGAGCUUGCUUCAACAACUCAUGGAUUUGUAGGUGCUGAUUUAGUUGGCCUCCGCAAUUGCGCAAAUACUAUUUGUCUACGACAUUCUAUCGAACUUAAACUUAAAAAGACUUGCAUUGGUAGUUUGGAUGACAUAACAGAGGAACCCGCUCCGACAAAUAGUGCAACAAACUCAAGCGACCAUUCAGAAAAGAGACAAGUGACUUUUGAGGAUUUUCAAAAGGCUAGGCUCGAAAUAAGACCUAGUGCCAUGAAAGAGGUGACCCUUGAGGUUCCAAAGGUUAAAUGGGAAGAUAUUGGCGGCCAAAGGGAAGUCAAAAACCAAUUAUUGGAAACACUAGUAUGGCCCCAAAAGCACCGGGAUGCAUUCACCCGUAUUGGAACUGAUGCUCCAUCAGGUGUAUUGAUGUAUGGGCCUCCAGGUUGUAGCAAAACCCUAAUGGCACGUGCAGUUGCUUCUGAAGCAGGACUGAACUUUCUAGCAGUCAAGGGUCCUGAACUCUUCAGCAAAUGGGUUGGCGAAUCUGAGAAGGCUGUCAGAUCAUUGUUUGUUAAAGCAAGGGACAAUGCCCCAUCAGUAAUAUUUUUCGAUGAAAUAGAUAGUCUUGCUAUGAAUCGUGGGAGAGAUGGUGAUGGUGUUUCCGUGUCUGAUAGGGUCAUGGCUCAACUCCUUGUUCAAAUGGAUGGUGUGCGUAGCAGAGGUGAUGUUGCUGUUAUAGCUGCUACAAAUAGGCCAGACAAUAUUGAUCCUGCUCUUUUAAGACCAGGACGAUUUGACCGUCAGCUAUAUGUUGGACCUCCAAAUGAGAAGGACCGAGAAGAGAUCUUUAGCAUUCAUUUGCGCAAAACUCCAUAUGAUUCUGAUGUUAGCAUGAAAGAACUGGCUCAACUGACAGAUGGUUAUACUGGGGCUGAUAUAUCACUUGUAUGUCGACAAGCAGCUCUUGCAGCAUUGGAGGAAAGCUUUGAUGCUUCUGUUGUAACAAUGAAGCACUUUAAGAUGGCAAUCGAACAAGUUCAGCCCUCUGAAAUUCAGUUCUAUCAAAAAUUCUCAGCAACAUUUCAUAGGGGCGUGCGCUCUGAUGCGGUCGACGUAAAUGGUUAACUUAAUCACAUGCACUUAACACACCAUAAUGCAUGUUUACGAUAAAUUAAGAGUGUGUUUGGACGAAGCAAUGUUUUGAGGUAAUGUAAUGUAAUUUUUUGAGAGAAUUCAAAUUCUUCAAUGUAAAUUUUGUUGUUUAGAUGAUUAAUUUAGAGAAUUUUUAAAAUGAUGGAAAUUUAAGAGGUAUUGUAUCCAAGUUAAAUUUAGGGAAACUCAAAUGACACUCAAACAAUAGGAAUUUGAAAUUCCUUCCUUAUUCGAUACAAUGUGAAUAUUAAAUUGGUUCUUAUAAUUUUAUCAAUUCUUGCAAA